GUCAGGCGAUACAUACAAAGAAAAAGAAAAUCAAAACGGAAAGCGAGGAGAAAUGCUUUACUCGUCUGUUGAAAAUUUGUUGAGAUGUCAAUUGUAAAUAUUACCUGAUUCCUUUUUCGCACCGAUUGAAAGUGGUUGUGCAUCGAAGCGUGUGUUGUGUAAAGAACCGAGCGUGGAACGUACAGUGAAUACCUGAUUUUGCCUGGGUGUGAAUCGAAUUCGUGUGAGAGAGCGUGCGAUCUGAGAACUGGGAUCAGAAAUCUAUAUCUACUUGCCAUACGCAGUCAGAAAUUACAGCAACCAACUAAUCCCUGUCAAUAGUGUAAGAAUUGUUGUGUAACCAUCUUUUAGGACCGCCAAACUGCCUCCGUCUACACAUUUUGUCCUCCCCUCGACGAUUGCGUUUGUGUGCGUGUGUGUGUGUGUGUGUGCCAACACUUGCACUCACACACAGACGCCAGGAUUGGAUAUGUUCAAUUUAUGGGGCUUUCAUUCAUUGAUUUUCCAAUUCAGUCAGUUUACUCGUAUUAAGUGGGCGAAAUAUCUGUAUUCUUGAGUAGUUCAAAACAUAUGCCAUACAUUGUAAACUUAGGAUUGGGCACUCUUCAUUUGUUUAUUAACUAAAUGCACGUAGAAUAGGGAGCUAGCUAAUGGUGGGCAUUAGAAUCGUCUGAAUCAGAGAAUUUUUAACUAAUAAUAACGUAAAUAAACGCCUAAACAUUAACGCUAUUAAUAUGUUAAUAUGUUUGCAAUACUUAGUUUAUUAUAUCAGAGAAUUUAGAAGAGAUAGGAACAUUGUUUAUUUGUCGUUUUCAGUAGAUAAACCUAGUGUGCAGGAUCCUUUUUGUUUUGGCUUGGUCCCACGAGCAAUGUGUGUAUAGAGUGGUUCGGGGCAACCUUUUUGUGUUGGAUAUUGUACUUUGGGAUGCAUCUGAAUAGAACGGAUGAACUGAGUGAGUGCAUUCAUGAAUGCAGCGAUGCAGAAUAUGUGGGAUGCUUCCGUUGACUGAAUGACAUGGUGGAUCAUUUCUAGAGCGAAGUGUGAGCCCCUGCGGCGAUAGAGUUCUUUAAUCCCCUCUCGUUUCUAGCAGCCUUCUAGGAAAUGGAUUUCGUCCAAGUGUCGGAGGAGGAGGGCGACGAGCCCAUCGAGCUGCCGGCUGAGGAGGAUGGCACUCUGCUGCUGUCCACACUGCAGGCGCAGUUCCCUGGAUCCUGCGGUCUGAAGUACCGCAACCUGGACACGAAGGCUGUGCGCGGAGUUCGCUCCAACGAGGGCAGACUGUUUCCGCCCAGCGUGGAGUCCGGCUGGGGCGAGUACGCCUACUUUUGCGUCUUCCCCAAGGAGAACAAGCGCAAGAGCGACGAUAACUUGGAGAACUCAACUGCCAAGACCAAGCGCAUCGAGACCCGUCUGCGCUGCACUGAUCUCAUCGUGCUCGGCUUGCCGUGGAAGACCACCGAGGAGAGCUUGCGUGAGUACUUCGAGACCUACGGCGAGGUGCUGAUGGCCCAGAUCAAGAAGGACACCAAGUCGGGCCAGUCCAAGGGCUUCGGGUUCGUGCGCUUCGGCUCUUACGAUGCCCAGAUGCGCGUGCUCACCAAUCGCCAUCUGAUCGACGGUCGCUGGUGCGAGGUUAAGGUGCCCAACUCGAAGGGCAUGGGCCACCAGGUGCCUUGCAAGGUGUUCGUGGGCCGCUGCACCGAGGACAUAAACUCGGACGACUUGCGCGAGUAUUUCUCCAAGUUUGGCGAGGUCACUGAUGUGUUCAUUCCCCGGCCCUUCAGGGCCUUUAGCUUUGUAACCUUCCUCGACCCCGACGUGGCACAGUCCCUGUGCGGAGAGGAUCACAUUAUCAAGGGCGUUUCGGUCCAUGUGUCGAAUGCUGCCCCAAAGGCCGAGCAGAACAGAAACCAGCAGGUCCAGAGCUACAACUACAACUCUGCCAACAGCUUUGGCAUGCACUCAUACCACCCACAGGGUAACCACAUGAAUCCCGGCCGCAACGGACACCACCGAGGUAAUAACCAACACAAUGCUCACGGCGGUGAGAACGCAAUUGUGCCCAAUAAUCACAACAUUGGCACCGCCGGCUACGGCAUGGGUGGCAACAAUUACGGCGGGAACUCGGGCGGGGGCUACCACAACAAUGGCGGCAAUCACUCCAGUGGCGGGAACGCGAACCGCCAGGACGGCGGCAGCCAGUACAACAGUCGCCAGUCGAAUUUUCACGGGAUGAACCAGCCGCAUAACGGCAACGUGGGCGGCAGCAACGGCUGGAUGAACCGUGGCCACCUGGACAUGCCCAACCUGCAGGCGCUGGGCAUCAACUCGCAGGGCUCGAGCUCCUCCAACCAGGGCCAGAACAUGAGCAACCAGUCAAUGCUCAAUCUAAACUCAUUGCCCAUCAAUCCCGCACUGGUCGCUGCCGCCUUGAACCAGUGGAGCCUGGUCGGCAACCAGCUGCAGAACCAAAACCAGGACCAGCAGGGCGGCAAUUUUCUAUCCUGGAUGGCUCAGAACGGGGGCCACAACAACGCGAACAACUUUGGUGGACGGAAGGGGCCGAAUAACCCGAACAACAAUCCGGUCGCCAACGGAAUAAAGACCGACAACUCGGAGUCACAGAAUGGGAACACCGGUUGGUCGAACCAGAGCAGCGGAUCUCAAAACACCGCGGAGAAGUCAAACUUUCUUUAAGGCGGUGCCAGCCACCCAAUAAUGUGGCUAAUGAUAACCAACACCUCUGUAGCUUACUUAAAUUUACAUAUAUGUAUUCCACAUACAAACCAGUUAAGAAUUGUAUUUAAUAUGUAAUAGAUAUUUUGAUAAUUGUAAACAAGAUGACACUGGAUGGCUAAUAACACAAUUUAUAAAACACACUUCGAAAUAAAUUCUGCGCCAAAGCUCAGUAAAAAGCUCUGAAUUAUAGAA